GGGCCUGGCAGCUCUAGCCUCCCCGGGGAAGUCGCUGGCCUUACCUUCUGCAGGAGCCCGCGCCUUGGAGUCUGUGCCUGCCGGCCUCCGCUCCGUCCUGCAGCUACCCACUGCCCGCUUGCCGCCCACCAUGGCCCUGCUGCACUCCACCCGCGUCCUGUCCGGGGUCGCCGCCGCCUUCCACCCAGGCCUCGCGGCUGUGGCAUCUGCGCGAGCCAGCUCCUGGUGGGCCCAUGUGGAGAUGGGGCCCCCAGAUCCCAUCCUGGGAGUCACAGAAGCCUUUAAAAGAGACACCAACAGCAAAAAGAUGAAUCUGGGAGUUGGUGCCUACCGGGACGACAAUGGAAAGCCUUACGUGCUCCCGAGUAUCCGGAAGGCAGAGGCCCAGAUCGCUGCAAAAAAUCUGGACAAAGAAUACCUGCCCAUUGGGGGACUGGCUGAGUUUUGUAAGGCAUCUGCAGAACUCGCCCUGGGCGAGAACAGCGAAGUACUGAAAAGUGGCCGGUAUGUCACCGUGCAAACCAUUUCUGGAACUGGGGCCUUACGGAUCGGAGCCAGUUUCCUGCAAAGAUUUUUUAAGUUCAGCCGAGAUGUCUUUCUGCCCAAACCAACCUGGGGAAAUCACACGCCCAUCUUCAGGGACGCUGGCAUGCAGCUGCAGGGUUAUCGAUACUAUGACCCCAAGACCUGUGGCUUUGACUUCACAGGCGCUAUGGAGGACAUUUCAAAAAUGCCACAGCAGAGUGUUCUUCUCCUGCAUGCCUGCGCCCACAAUCCCACAGGAGUGGACCCGCGCCCUGAGCAGUGGAAGGAGAUAGCCGCCGUGGUGAAGAAAAACAAUCUCUUUGCGUUCUUUGAUAUGGCCUACCAGGGCUUUGCCAGUGGUGAUGGUAACAAGGAUGCCUGGGCUGUGCGCCACUUCAUUGAACAGGGCAUCGAUGUUUGCCUCUGCCAGUCCUAUGCCAAGAACAUGGGCUUAUACGGUGAGCGUGUGGGAGCCUUCACUGUGGUCUGCAAAGAUGCGGAUGAAGCCAAAAAGGUGGAGUCACAGUUGAAGAUCUUGAUUCGUCCCAUGUAUUCCAACCCCCCUGUCAACGGGGCCCGGAUUGCCUCCACCGUUCUGAACAGCCCCGACCUUCGAAAACAGUGGUUGCAAGAAGUGAAAGGCAUGGCUGACCGCAUCAUUAGCAUGCGGACCCAGCUGGUCUCCAACCUCAAGAAGGAGGGGUCCUCCCACAACUGGCAGCACAUCACCGACCAGAUUGGCAUGUUUUGUUUCACAGGACUAAAGCCCGAACAGGUGGAGCGGCUGACCAAGGAGUUCUCCGUCUAUAUGACAAAAGAUGGCCGCAUCUCCGUGGCAGGGGUCACCUCUGGCAACGUAGGCUACCUUGCCCAUGCCAUUCACCAGGUCACCAAGUAAUUUCCCUGAUGGGAGGAAACAGAGACAACCUUCCUAUCAACCUCUGCUGUUGUGAGAUUCACAUGGAGGAAGAGGGAGGGUGGAUGGUGGUGAGCAGAUCAUUUCUUUCAACCGCAGUACUUAAAACUCAGCAUUUGAAUGUGUUUCUCAGAAAAGAGCAUGUAGGGAAAUAGGCAGAGGCAUCUGUGGCUGGUGCGUGGAACUUUGUGGCUCUAAACCAAACUCUCCCUCAUCUUUGUAUCUCCAGCUUUUCCAAAAGAGUUUACAUGGUACGAGAAAGUCAUAGCCAAAAAAAUCUGUCAAUCACACCAUUGCAAUAUUUCAGAAGCUUUAACUGUGGCACCUUGCAGAGUUGAAUCAGCAAGAAAAUGCCAUUUAGUAGCGGCUUUAUGAGAAGACCACCUAGUUCUGACAGUAAUAGUCAGCCUCACGUUUGUCCUUCCAGGACGGAACAGCCAUAGCAACAGACCACAUCACAGAAAUUGUAUUUUGUGAAAACCAGCAAGUCGGCUGCCACUGCAGUGAGGAAAAUUAAAAGAUGCUGUUUCCAGUCUUAAAGGGGAAAAAAAAAAAAGGCGGCUCUCCUUGUAC